AUGACUAAGAAAGAAAAAUUCACAAUAGAGGAACUCUAUAAAUUAGGUAACGGGGACGAACACCUUUGUACAUAUGAUUUUUCCGAAAUUCCGGCUAAAUAUUAUGAAAAAUUCUUCUGGCCUUUAUCUAAUCUUGUCUAUAAAAAAGUUGAUGAACUUCGUUUCAAUUGUAAUCUUGCCAUGCAAGAAGAAACGUCUUUAAAUAAGAACAGACAAAAACAGAGAAUUAUUGAACAAUCUAUUUAUCAUCAAAGACCAAACUACUUAAACUACUUAUGCGUAAUAUUAAAAGAAGUUUUACCGAAAGCUAAGCGUAUUAAAAGAAUCCGGCUUAGUGAUAUGAAUAUUCCUUCAGAAAACUUAUCAGAACUUUUUGAUGCUCUUGAAACAAACAAUUCUCCACUUGAAUUACUUUCAUUCCAAAACAUUAAGAUCGAAACAGAUAAAUUUAAUAAAAAUAUUCAGAAACUCGACCCAUAUAAUUUUGCUGCAGUCGAAUUCAUUAACUGUGGCCUUACAAACGACAACAUAGAAGCAAUUCGCAAGUUUAUUACUCGCCCGCCAAAAGAUCCUGAAAAUUGGAGUGCUGAGCGUGCUUUGCACACUCUUGAUUUAUCGCAGAAUAAUAUUACAGAGGAAGAGCGUAAAAAGCUUCAGAAACUCAUCGAAGAAGAGCGCGCUAAAUGGCUAGCUUUCCAGAAACAAAAAUCAGACGAAAUUAAGAGAUUGGAAGAAGAACGACUUGCAGCGAUUGAAGCAGAAAAAGAAAGACAAAGAAGAGCUAAGGAAAGAGCAGAACAACGCGCUCGAGAAAAGGCUGAGCGCGAAGCCAGAGAAAAAGCAGAGAAAGAAAGAUUAGAAAGAGAAGCAAAAGAGAAAGCUGAAAGAGAAAAGAAGGAGAAAGAAAGAUUAGAAAGAGAAGCAAAAGAGAAAGCUGAAAGAGAAAAGAAGGAGAAAGAAAGAUUAGAAAGAGAAGCAAAAGAGAAAGCUGAAAGAGAAAAGAAGGAGAAAGAAAGAUUAGAAAGAGAAGCAAAAGAGAAAACUGAAAGAGAACGUAAAGAAAAGGAAAAGCGAGAAAAAGAACAUAAACAACCUGAAAAUAAAGAUAAAAAUGACAAAGAAGAAAGAGAAAAACUAGAAAGAGAACGUAAAGAAAGGGAAGAAAAAGAAAGAAGAGAAAAAGAAAAAAAAAGAAAGACUAGAAAGAGAGCGUAA